AUGUCUCCGGCUCCUCGGGCAAUGGAGCAAUACUUGGCCUGGGAGUCGAGACGGAUGCUCUGGUUGGUAAUGCCAAGAAGUCUGGCGACCUCAGCAUUGUCACCCUGGGCAGAGUGGCCGGACUCGACACUCUCGCAGAAGCAGGCGUCGGCAAUGUUGGGAACAGGUCUCAUGGAGAUGGGCUUGCUGGGGAGGAGGGCACCCUCACCAAGCUUGCGGCUGGUGGAGCCGGCACCCUUGAUAGUGCCGAAGAGCACACCGGUCUCAAUGCCCUCGGAGCCGGAUUGGCCAACAGUAGGAGUGAGAGCAGCGUCGGAGACAGGCAAGUUAGGACAUCCAAUAGCUCCAACCUUGAGAUCACCAUCAACAAUAAGACCAAGGCAGACGGCAUACUGCUCACCACGGAGGAAGCCCUUUGUACCGUCGAUGGGGUCAAGAGCCCAUGUUCUACCCUUGGGACCACCAGCACUCUUUCCGCUGUCAAGGGUAUCGAGGAAGACCUCCUCGCUGGCCAUCUGGCCACCGACAAGCCAGUCACUCUCUGUGUCAUUGAGGCGGGUUUCCUUAACAAGUUCCCAAAUCUGGUUGCUAAGAGCCUUGUUCUCUCUAAGGGAGCUGGCCUCCUCCUCGGCCACAAUCUCGUCGUCCGGGAAAUUCUUCUUGAUAGCCUGA